GACGAGCAGACUGGGGUGCCAGCCUGUCACCAUGUCUGCACGCCCAAGGGCUUAUGCUCCGAGCUGGGCUGGAGGUUCGGGGGGGUGGUCUCUUAGGGAGACGCCCUAGGCUGGGCUGGGCUGGGCUGGGCGGGAUAAGGAGGGAAGGCGGCUGACCAGCGCGCUCCAGGCUGCUUGUCUUUGGGUCACUCACUCUCUUGGAGCCGGCACCGGGGCAAGAUGAGUUCGCACAACUUCGAGCUGAUCUUCGACGGAGUUGGACACUUUGGCAGAUUCCAGGCAUUUGUUUACUUUGCAUCAGUCUUCCAAACCAUCUCUUGUGGCAUCCAUUACUUGGCUUCUGUGUUCAUGGCUGUUACACCCAAGUUUUCCUGUGGGGUUCUCGGGAACAUAAGUCAGAUCCUUGUGUCUAAUUCAUCUAGCCUGAAGAUAGAGGAUGCCUGGGCACUGUUCACGCCAGACAAAGAGGAUUACAUGGUGGUGCAGCUACACAAUGGAGAUGUUUGGGAACUUGCUCAGUGUAGCAGAUCCAAAAGAGAGAACCCUUUUUUUGAAUACCAAUACUAUGGCAACAAAUCUGACUUUCCCUGCACUGAUGGCUACUUUUAUGACCACACCAAGUGGAAGAGCACUGUGGUAACUGAGUGGGAUUUGGUCUGUCACCGGGAAUGGUUUGCAAAAUCAAUCCAGCCUACUUUCAUGCUUGGAGUCCUUCUGGGAGCAGUAAUUUUUGGUGAUCUUUCUGAUAGGUUAGGAAGGCGGUUUGUGAUGUGGUUCACAAGCAUUGGGCAGUUCUUCCUGGGAGUCGCGGUGGCUUUUACAUUUGAUUAUUAUAGUUUCAUAGCCGUACGCUUCCUUCUUGCUAUGGCUGCCAGUGGGUAUCUGGUGGUAGUAUUUGUUUAUGUGACAGAAUUCAUUGGAACCAAAGUGCGGACUUGGGCAUCCAUGCAUGUCCACGCCUUUUUUGCAGUUGGUGUCAUGAUCGUGGCCCUGAUGGGAUACUUGGUCCGGACCUGGUGGCUCUAUCAGAUAUUUCUUUCCACGACAACUCUUCCCUUUGUUUUAUGUUGCUGGGCUUUGCCUGAAACACCGUUUUGGCUUCUCUCAGAAGGAAGAUAUGAAGAAGCACAGACAGUAAUUGAUCUGAUGGCAAAAUGGAAUGGAACAGACCCUUGUAAUGUGUCUGACCUGCUUUCAGGGGAACAAGGUGGUGGCAUUGGCACUGCCACAGGGGACGUCUCAUCUGGAGAAAAGAAUCACAACAUACUGCAUCUGUUUUGCAAUUGGAAUAUUGCAAAAAGAACCCUCACAGUUUGGCUCACUUGGUUUACCGGAAGUUUGGGCUACUAUGUUUUCUCUUUGAGCUCUGUUAACCUAGGAGGCAAUGAAUAUUUAAACCUCUUCCUCAUAGGUGCCGUGGAACUCCCUGCUUAUGCUUUUGCUUGCAUUGGAAUGGAUAACGUUGGAAGAAGAAACACUCUGACACCAUUUCUCAUCUGUAGUGGCCUGAUUUGUAUGGUGAUUAUGCUGAUCCCUCAGCACUGCAGUGUUUUGAAUGUUUUGGCAAAUAUGGCAGGAAAAUUUGCCAUUGGUGUUGCGUUUGGCCUCAUUUACCUGUAUACAGCAGAAUUGUAUCCAACAUUCAUAAGGUCUCUUGCUGUAGGAAGUGGUAGCAUGCUGUGCCGUGUAGGAAGCGUGAUCGCACCUUUCUGUGUUUACCUCACAAGCGUGUGGGUCUUCAUGCCACAGUUGCUUGUUGGUAUUAUGGCCUUUCUGACUGGCAUGUUAACGCUGAUGCUCCCAGAAACUCUCGGGAAACCUUUGACUAACACUUGGGAGGAAGCUGAAGACCUAGGAGCCAAGAAAGUUAUUUCUCCUGCCAAAUUGCCUUCUGUACUAAAUAAUAUGGAGUCAGAGAAAAUAGAGAUGGCUAAUCAAGGGCCAGCUGGUACUCAUGGAUAGGAGAGUUUUAUAUGUUGGCUAUCAUUUGAAAAAUUGUUAACCAUGAAUGCCAUUUUAUCAGGAUCCCUCUCUCACACAUUUGUAUUUUCUCUUUUUAAUUUUAUAAGGAGUUUUUGAAAAUCUUUUCUAUAAAUAAAGAAGUUUUGUAAAAAUCA